UGGAGCCCGCGCCCCUGCCCGGCGCUCCAGAGCGCUGCAGCCCAGCACCGCGAUGCACCUGGCCGAGAUGCGCAGCUUGCCCCAGGCGCUGGCGAUGCUAUUCCGGGUCCUCCAGGCGCAGCUGAGCGCCCUGUGGCUCUGCCUAGCGCCCUUCUCCUGCCGGCUCCGGGGGGCGCUGCUGCCGGGGAGGAGCCCCCCGCUGCAGGAGGAGGGCGCUGGGGAGCCGGAUGGCGCCGAGGUGCCCACGGCCCCCACCAGCGUCAACUAUCACUUCACCCGCCAGUGCAACUACCGCUGCGGCUUCUGCUUCCACACGGCCAAGACCUCCUUCGUGCUGCCCCUCGAGGAGGCCAGGAGGGGGCUGGCCAUGCUCAAGGAGGCGGGUAUGGAAAAAAUAAACUUUUCAGGAGGAGAGCCAUUUCUGCAAGAGAGAGGAGAAUUUGUGGGCAAAUUGGUCCAGUUUUGCAAGCAGGAACUAAAACUGCAAAGUGUCAGCAUUGUGAGCAAUGGCAGCAUGAUUAGAGAACGAUGGUUCAAGCGCUACGGUGAAUAUCUAGAUAUUCUUGCAGUUUCCUGUGAUAGUUUUGAUGAGGAAGUCAAUGUUUUAAUUGGCCGUGGACAAGGAAACAAGAACCACAUUGAGAAUCUCCAAAGACUGAGAAAGUGGUGCCGAGAUUAUGCUGUGGCUUUUAAAUUAAAUUCAGUAAUUAAUAGAUUUAAUGUUGACGAAGAUAUGAAUGAACAGAUUGAGGCACUAAAUCCUAUCCGGUGGAAGGUAUUCCAAUGCCUGCUCAUUGAAGGAGAGAAUACAGGUGAAGAUGCACUGAGAGAAGCAGAGAAAUUUAUGAUCAGUGAUGAAGAUUUUGAACGAUUCCUAGAUCGCCAUAGAGAGAUCUCAUGUUUAGUACCAGAAUCUAAUCAGAAGAUGAGAGACUCAUACCUCAUUCUGGAUGAAUAUAUGCGUUUUCUGAACUGUAGAAAUGGACGGAAAGAGCCUUCCAAAUCUAUCCUGGAUGUAGGCGUAGAACAUGCUAUAAAAUUCAGUGGAUUUGAUGAGAAGAUGUUUCUGAAUCGAGGAGGAAAAUAUGUGUGGAGUAAAGCAGAUAUGAAGCUAGAAUGGUGACUCCAAGUAUUUUUUUAUUGCACAUGUGCUUUGUAGUACUAUAAUAAUAAUUAUUAUUUUUGACAUAAGUAUUGUAUGUUUGUUUCUUAUUUUUAUGCUUUAUAUAUAUGCCAAAGACCAUUUUUAAUUAAAAGUAGAGUAAUGUUAAUUGCAGAGAAAAUAGUGUGUGUAACUUUAAAUUUUAGCUUGCUUAAAACUAAUCUUUUUGAAAUUUAGAUUGUUUUUAUCUACUGUGUACUCAGGGAUUGCUAAAUAAUGAUUGAAUUUAGAUAUAAGAUGAUCUCCCAAAUCUAGUACUUACCUAGUCUCUUAAAAUUCUUAAACUACACCUUCCACUAUGGUAAAAUAUAUUGUAAAAAUAUAUGUAGUUCUAGGCAUAAAGAGUAUUGCAUUAAAUUAGAAAAAGUCAUAUAGGAAAUAGUUUUAAAAUAAUAAAUCAGUGACCCAGAAAAACAAAAACAACAAAUGCAACAUCAUAAUAUAUUUCUUUAAUGACAAGUUAGACAGGUAGAUUUCUUAUCAUGAAGCUUGUUCUGCCUAGUUCUUAAGAAAUAAUAAGUUACAAUUCCAGGCUAGGUCACUAGGGGGCAAAUCAGUAGUGCUUUGAAGACAAUGCUGACAUUUUCUUGAGUAAGAACUGUUGAACAUUAGCUACCAUAAUAUAUGACUGAGGCAUAAGCUAAAUUAAGUUAAAUGGAAACCAGUGCCAAGUGAAACAUCCAAUUGUCACUUUGCAAGCAUUUGUUUGUGAAAGUGUAUAUUUCCUCCAGUAUUUGUAAAUGUGAUGCAGGGUGCAAUUUUCUCGUGUUCACUAGAGAAUGCUACUUUUGUUAGGGGAGAAUAUGAAAUUUUUCCCAAAACAUAAUCAUGUUUUUACCCUUGAUGGUAAACAUUAUUUCACUGGAAACUGACAGUGUUUCUCAUGGGAAACAAUCUUUUGUUUUAAUAAAAAGUAUUCAAGGUGAAAACCAAAUAUUUUGCUUUGUACGUGAAUCCACUCAAAUCUUACUUUUUAAAUGAUUUUUUCCCCACAUCCUGCUCUCGUGGGGAGCUCUAUUAGAGAGAGUGGACAGAAUUCUGUAAUGCCUGCCUUGUGUUAAAGAAAUGCUAGAGUUAUUUGCUGUAUAUUUUGCUAAGCCAGGAAGUCAGAAACCACAAAGUUCACAAACCAUAUGUCUUCAUUUAGAAGCCAGCUUGGCUUAGUAAUCACCCUUAUUUAGUAGCUGCACCAAUAACAUACAAGCUGUAAGUGAAACCAAUAAAAUUUAAUAACAGCCACCUUUGAUUUCAAGGGGUAGCAUCAACUUGAAAUAUAGUAAACUCAAAAACACGAGUUAGAAGUAAUUUCAGUUAUUACACUUGUGCCUGAGCCGUCCCCCUCCCUCCCCGCCGCCAAUUGUGAUGGUUUUACAGUUAUGUUUUUCUACUUUUAAAAAUGUUUUUUUCUCUUCCUAAUUUUUUGUGUGAAAAACCCUACAAACAGGCAACUCACUGAGGACCCGAUCCUGCAGACACUUAUGUGUGAGUAAGUUUACUCAUUCAGAUAGUCCCAUUGAACUUAGGCCUGGAUCCUCAAAGAUAUUUUAGCUCCUAACUUCCAUUGAAAUCAGUAAGAAUUAGGUGCCUAACUAUCUUUGAGGAUAUGGGCCUCAAUGCUUAUAGUUACUAAUGUGCAUAAGAGUUUGCAGCAUCGGGCCACAGCAUGUGUCAAAUGCUAGUGUAAAUAAAUAAUAGAGAAAUAUACAUGUUUUCUCUAAUUUCUUUCAAUUAUAGUAAUUUUACUUCUUGUUUUAACAAUAAUAGGUAAAGUAUUUUCGGAGAGAAAUUAAACUUUUAAUUUGACUCUUUAAAGCUGCAGCACUAGAUGAUUACAAUGGUCCCUCUGGCCUUGGAAUCUAUGAAAGGGAGAAGUAAUUAAAUGUAAUAGAAGCCACAGCUUCUAGAUAGAGUUUUAUGGCAUUACACCCUGCUGAAAAAAUGGGAGAAUAUUUUUAAAUAGUAAAUUUAGGUCUGUAUUUUAUUGUCCUAACCAUAAUGACGUAGAGCCUUUAAAGAACAAAAGAGUGCCGAGAGAAUUCUACAAUCAUUACAUUGUCUAUACAUAGAUUUUUAUUAAUUUUUUUUCUCAAGGCAUUUUAACUUCUCCAGAUAGAAUUAAAAGGCUUGAUCCCACAAUCUUUAAAUAAAAUUCCCCAUGACCUCAGUUGGAGUUUUCCCUAAGUAAAGACUGUGGGACAACACCCAAAGUAUAUACUUGUGUCCUUGAAUAUGAUUUUUUCUUAUGGCUAAAAUCUUGGAUCCAACAUAUAUCCUCUGCAGCCAGGCUGUGAGCUGAGGAGUUGGAAUUCUCUGUGAUUUCUGGUCCAGCCCCACCUUGAGGAAUGGCUAGCGCUAGUGUCUCCUUGUAUCAUUAAAUCCAUCAGCCUACUGCUAACCCAAAAUGCCUGCUGCGUAGCAGCAUGCAGGGAGCCUCCUCAGGUAUGAGCCACACACAUAGAAGUAUACAACUCCUAUGCAGACCCUUUUAAUCUUGCCACCCUUCCUGCCCCUCUGUCAUUUGCACAAGAGAAAUGCAACAGUUUUGCUACAGGAAUAAAAGAGUUAGAGAGCAGAAGCUAAAAAGUGAAUAGAAAAGCAACUAAAAAAAUUCAUACAUUUAGAAACAUUUGAAAAGAAUGAUAAAGAACCAAAAUGUUCAGAGUGCUGUGAAGAGAGUUCUGAUUUGUGUUCUUACUUUUCAUAUUCAGUCCUGUGGGAUUUUCAUCGUCUUUACUACAAUAUUCAAUAAAAUAAACCCAAACCCACUGUAUGUGGUAUUGCUUCAAAGGAGAUGAAAAUUGUCUGCACCAAGAUACAUCACAAUGAGAACUUGCUUUAGUUUUUAAGAUACUUUGAAGGCCAAACCUUAGCAGUGAAUAGACACUUUAUACAUUUUACAAUUUAAGGUGCUUCUGAAUGAAAAAAUCCUUGUCGUUUAAAGUUUUAGGUUUUUGACUGUAAUAAAAUGAAGGGGUUUUAUCCAUAGCUAUAAGUUUCAGUAUUAAUCUAGACUGAUGUGUGCUAUUUUUACAUAGAUACAGUAUAUAGAUGUGGUUCUAUUAGAACAAAUUGUAUAUUUUAGGCCCUGAUCAUUUAGACACGUGCUUGACUUUAAAUAUGUGACUUUAGGUCUCAAUCCUGGAAACAUAUAUGUGCUUAACUUUACUAACAUGAGUAGUCUCAUGGUAGUUAAGAACAUGCAUAUGUGUUUGCAGGAUCAGGCAUUAGCUUGCACAGUAAUUUUUUAGCACUUUUAUUGCUUUUCAUAUUAGGAAAAGUGACAGGUAGAAAGAACUCAAUGCACUUGAAGUCAGUAAGAAUUUUUUCUGAGUAAGUAAUGUAGGAUAUGCCCUAUCUGAUGUGCUUAGCUUUCAUUAUAAAGUGUAACUGUAAUAUUUUAGUGUGUUGCAGAAAUAUGAUGUUGCAUUUAUUUAUUAUUAUUACUGAAUUUUUUUAAAUGUUUUGUAAAAAGUUGAUAUUAAUAUAU